AAUAUAAUAAAUAACGCUGUACAUUAGCAAAGAAAAUAUGAAGGAAAGAACUCAUUGGUUAGAAGACCAGGAAGGAAUGUAGAGACAAUAAGUCCCGCUCAUGAACAGUGAACAGCUCAGCGACCUCGAUCAGGACUUGAACGAGAACCUUUCAAAAAUCAGACAGAACAUCGAAGACCUCCGCAGGAAGUCAUCGCUAGCGGUUGCCAAGGUCACUGAAAGAGCGACGAAAGAGGUAGAGAGCAAAAUAUUAAGCGUGUUGAGGUCCCCGUGCUUCCACGAUGUCGACAAGGGCCGUUUGAUCGGAGCUUACGAAAACAUACUGAAAGCGAACACUACCAAACUAGAACGCGACCUACGAGUUACCAAAGAAGCAAUCGAUGCCGUCGUAGCGGACGCCAAAGAAGCGAUGGGAAAAAUCCUAGUAGAAGUCCGCGAUGCUGCUCGAAAAGAUCAUCGAGAAGCUCAACGACUAGGAGGAGCUUCGAGGCGCUUCUUCACCGAACAUUUCGACGUGUUCGUUUCCCCUGCCAAAAGACCUGAAGAAGAGAUUGAAGCCGAGAGAUUGCUGCAGCAGUGCGUCGAAGACCAGCUGCUGCAAUGGAAACAAGAUUUCGAACGCGUAAGUCAAGAUGUCGCUAGGCAAGUGCGAGAACUCAAGGCGCAUGUGGCGGAAACGUUAGGGGGGUUAGUUCAGGUGCAAGCUGAUAAUUUGGUGGAGAAAGUAGCAGACGAUUUCGAGAGGGUAAACGAGAGCGUCGCGGGCGAGGUGGUACAGAAUAAGCUGAAGAUCAAGCGGAAGGUGGAUUACUUCGGGGAACUGCUAUUCGGAAAGGAGAUUUGGGGGUCCGGGUCCGACGAAGAGGUCACGUGAAUGGAAUUCGAAUCCAUUUAUG